AUGUUUCUGCGCUCGAUUACUCUCGAUCCAGUGCCAGCGUAGUUUGCUAGUAGCUAGUUGAGAAGCUGUAGAUGUGUCUGCCAGACCGGCUAUCAAAUAGCUACUUGAAUAUUAUUUAGCAUUUCCAGAAUUCCACCUGAAAUUGCAGCAUAUAGCCACUUAACAAUUGACGUUUUGGAAACAGGUAAAUCAUAUUUACCAGGUGAUGGAACGGAGCAUUGUUUUGCCCCAGUGAGAGGGAACAAACAGCCCUGUCUGAUUCGUGGCUGUAUUUGGAAUCAGUCGGGCUCAGAGGACGGCAGAGACUGGAUUGGACCUGCUGAAAGAGUGGAAGGAGGGAGGAGAAUGGAACGGGCACACAGUUUGCUUCUGAAUGAAGAGGCAUGCAGCCAGCUGGGAGAACACCAGAGGGCCGAGUUUGUUUUUGAGUGGCUUCGCUUCCUGAAGAAGCUGCUCCCUGCUACAGACAGGGCGGAUGUUAAGAAAAACCAGAAGCGUCUGGUAGAACAGCUGACCAUGGUUCUGACUGGUUCUCCGGGUCCGCCAACCCGCUGGCUCCUAGCCCACUGCCUUGCUUUGCUCUACAAGGUGGGCGACUCACUCACCGCCACCCUCAUGGUGGACAGGUGCAAUGACAUCAUCCGCAGUAAGGACGACUCACCGAGCUACCUGCCAACUCGACUGGCAGCGAUUGCCUGUUUGGGUGCCCUUUAUGAGCAGCUUGGCCGUUUGCUUGUCAACACAUUUAAAGAGACUUUGGCAAAUCUGUGGAAGGCCAUGAAGUCUGCAGAGUCGCAGGGCCGCUACGAGAUCAUGCUCAGCGUGGAGAAGAUCCUGAGGGGGCUGGGGCCGAGCGCUGUCCCCUGUCACAGAGACGUCUACAAGACCGCGCGCGGCUGCCUCACGGACCGCUCCAUGGCCGUUCGCUGCGCCGCCGCCGAGUGUCUGCUGGAGCUCCAGAGAGAGGCUGUGUUUCUCAGGACCUCGGAGUUGGAGAACGUAGCCACGCUGUGCUUCAGGGCGUUCGAGGGCUCCAACUACAACGUUCGCGUGGUUGUCUCCAAGCUGCUUGGUACCCUGCUGGCCACGGCCGUAGACCCUGAACAGGCCACAGCUCCCAGGCAAGGGUCCAAACACAGCUCUCUGGAGGAGGUGAUGGACCUGCUGACUGGGGGAUUUCUGCGGGGCGGGGCCGGCUUCCUCAGAGCCAGCGGAGACAUGCUCAAAGGGACAAGUUCCGUCAGCAAAGACAUCCGCGUGGGCGUCACUCAGUCAUGCGUGGUCUUCGUGUCAGUUCUGGGCGGCCCCUGGCUGGAGGCCCACUUCUCAUCCCUGCUGGGCCUCCUCAUGGAGCUGGUGUCCCACGCGCGGGCCACCCAGACCCCCGCCGACGCGGUGUGCUGCAGACGCUGCGUCUCCUUCAUCCUCCGCGCCACGCUGGGCUCUCUGCUGGGGGAGAAGGCCCAGAUCGCUGCCUCCAAGGACCUCUGUCUGGCCAUAGGCAAACAGAAGAGGGCAGUGGAUGCGGCCAUGUGCGAUGGGAACGUGGAGACCCGUGUCACCAUCACAGACGUAGCUGCCAGUCAGCAUGUGUUGGUGUGUGCCCUGCUAGAGCUGGGAAGCCUGGUCCAGGGUCUGGGCUCCACGGCAGCACCCCUGGUCACCGACACCAGCACAGCCCUGCUGGACACGGUCAUCUCCGUGCUACUCCACCCCAGCGUGUCGGCGCGGUUGGCAGCCGCCUGGUGCCUGCGCUGUGUGGCUGUGGCCCUGCCGUCCCAGGGGGCCGUGCUGCUGGACCGCUGUGCCGAGAGGCUCCAUGCUCUCAAGUCCUGCCCGGAGGCCGUAGCUGGGUACAGCGCUGCCAUCGCCGCCCUGCUGGGGGCCGUGCAGCACUGCCCCCUGGGAAUCCCCCACACUAAAGGGAAGGUGGUGAUAGGUGUGGCCGAGGACAUGCUCCGUUCAGCUACUCAGAACAGCCGCAUCUCCAUCCAGCGCACACAGGCCGGCUGGCUGCUGCUCUCGGCCCUCAGCACCCUGGGUCCCGCCGUGGUGGAGCACCACCUCCCCAGGAUGUUGCUGCUCUGGAAGUGUGCCUUCCCUCCCUCCAUCAGAGACCUGGACAUGGAGCUCCGCCGUGGGGACCACUUCACUUGGCAGGUCACCCUGGAGGGUCGCGCGGGAGCGCUGUGUGCAAUGAAGAGCCUGGUGGUUCACUGCAGAGAUCUCCUGAAUGAUGAUGUUACAGGUCGUCUCCUCACGCCUCUGGCCUGUGCUGUGUCUCUGCUCACCAAGCUGCCUGUUCUGAUCAAAUCCUACGGGAACCAGAUUAAAAACGCGUCCAUAGUGUUCAGACUGAGGGUGUAUGAGGUCCUGGCUUUGUUGCCUCCAAAGACCUACGAAGAGCAUUUUGGCGUUGUACUGAAGCAACUGGUGGCCGACCUAACUGGGCCGGAGAACGUGGCGUGUUCCGAGUUGACCUUACUGCCUCCCCUCUGUCACGCCAACGACCUGGUCCUCCUGGGCCCGGCUCUGCACGACAUGGACCAGCAAUACAUAGAGGAGCAGUUACAUGGGAGCAGAGCUGGAGGAGGGACCCUGGAGUACGACCCCUUCACCAUCUGUGACAAAGGCCAGGAUGUUCCCGCCCCCCCGCCCCCUGCAGCCGCGCUCACUGUUGCAGCGACACAGCUGUUCGGAGUCAUCUUCCCCAAUGUCAUCGUCCCACAAAGGACCCAGAUUCUGGAACAGUUUAGCGAGUCUUUGAAGCAAUUAAAGGGCGUCCGUCAGCUAACAGUCCAGACCCAGGUGGCAGCCGCCCUCUGCAGUGUCCUGAAGCACCUGGGUUCCUGCUGUGCUGGGCUGGGUCCGGAGGAGGUUCGGAGGCCAGCCCUGGGCCUCCUGGUGGGAGCUCUAGAGAGCCCCAACCCUCUGCUGCGCUGCGUGGCUGCGGAGGGCCUGUCUCGCCUUGUGCAGGUGGUCAACGACCCCACCUUCACUGUCUCCAUGACCCUGGUCUGCUUCGACAAGUUGAAGACGGCCCGUGAUGCGGUAACUCGUACAGGUCACUCGCUGGCGCUAGGGGCUCUGUAUCGCCACAUAGGGGGCAUUAGUUCCCCCCAGCACCUCUCUGCCUGUGUGGGCAUCCUCUUCACCCUGUCCCAGGACAGCACCUCCCCAGAGGUCCAGAUGUGGGCGCUGCACUCUCUGUCCAUGGUGAUUGACCUGGCCGGUCCUCUGUACCACGGCCAUGUGGAGGCCAGCUUCACCCUGGUUCUGAGGCUGCUGCUGAACGUCCCCCCCACCCACAUUGAGGUCCACCAGAGUCUGGGUCGAUGCCUCAACGCCCUCAUCACCGCCCUGGGGCCUGAUCUGCAAGGCGAGGGCCAGUUGGUGUCGGCCCUACGGACAUCAUGCCUGGUGGAUUGCGCCGUGAUGCAGGACAGCCCUGACUGUCUGGUCCAGACCCAGGCUAUCUCCUGUCUGCAGCAGCUGCACAUGUUUGCCCCGCGCCACGUCAACCUGGCUAGCCUGGUGCCCAGCCUGUGUGAUAUCUUGUUGGAUUAUUCUGUGUUGGUGAACCUGUGCAGCUCGUACCUGUCCCUGCGUCGCGCCGUGGUGGCCUGUCUGAGACAGCUGGCCCAGAAGGAAGCGCUGGAGGUGUCGGAGCACGCCGUGGCGCUGGUCAAGGAGCUGCCGCGCAGGGACAACACACAGCUGGAUGUGACCAUAAAGGAGGUGGGCCUGGAGGGGGCGCUGUUUAGCCUGCUGGAUCGGGAGUCAGACCCCCGACUGUGUCAGGACAUCAAGGAGACCCUGGUCCACAUGAUGACCUCCAUCACUGCAGGGAAACUGGCCCACUGGCUCAAACUCUGCAAAGAUGUGUUGUCUGCCUCUGCGGACUCCACCGCCCCAGUUGAGACCAACCAGGAAGAGGAUGCGGACCGGGAUGACGACGCGUCCGUCUUCCACGCCAAGUCCGACUCCGGCGGGCCCUUCACCAACCUGCGCUGGUCCACUCGGGUCUUCGCCAUGGAGUGUGUGUGUCGCGUCAUUACCCAGUGCGAGAGCCACGGACACCCCGCCCACUUUGACCUGACCCUGGCCCAGGAGCUCCGCCUGCACGAAUCCACCGACUUCCUGGUUCUUCAUCUGGCCGACCUGAUCCGUAUGGCCUUCAUGGCCGCCACCGACCACAGCGACCAGCUCCGUCUCUCCGGCCUGCAGACCCUCCUGGUCAUCAUCCGCAAGUUUGCCGCCAUCCCCGAGCCCGAGUUUCCCGGCCACGUCAUCUUGGAGCAGUAUCAGGCCAACGUUGGCGCAGCUUUGAGGCCAGCAUUCUCUGCCGAAGCCCCUCCAGACGUCACGGCCAAAGCCUGUCAGGUUUGCAGCGCGUGGAUAGCCAGCGGGGUGGUCAGUGACCUGAGGGACCUGAGGAGAGUACACCAGCUCCUGGCCUCUUCUCUGGUCAAGAUCCAGACAGGGAAAGAGGUGCCCAGUCAAGUGUACAAUGAGGGGACAUCCACCAUGGAGACGCUAGCGGUGCUAAAGGCCUGGGCUGAGGUAUACAUCGUAGCAGUGCAGAACAGCGGCCAACCGACUGAGAACUCCGGCCCCGGGGGGCAGCCGGAGCAACCCCAUCCCCCCCUGCUGGAGGAAGGCUGUGGGGGUGCCAGAGGGCCCGGGCUGCUGAAGCUGGUCCAGACCGACCUGGCUGCGCUGAGCCGCCUGUGGCUGGCCGCCCUGCAGGACUACGCUGUGCUCACGCUGCCCCAGGACUACUCAUGGCAGCUGCCUGCCGCAGGAGGGACCUUCUACACAGCUGAGACGGUGGAGCAGGCCAGACCCCACUACUACAGCUCCUGGGCUCCUAUCCUCCACGCCACAGCCCUGUGGUUCAGCAGCACCGGCUUCAUCAUGGCGGACGACGGCCCCGCCAACCUGUCCCGUCCCGUCACCCCCACCUCCAUGGGCCAGUCCGCCUCCCUGGCCUCCAAGUCCCCUGAGGACGUCAGCGCCGACCGGCUGCACCUUAUCCUGGGCAUCAGCGUGGAGUUCCUGUGUUCCCCUCACUCCCACGACCAGAUGGAGAACAUCUCCUCCUGCCUCCGCGCCCUGCAGGCCCUGCUCCAAGUCCCGUGGCCCCGGUCGAAGGUGGGCAACGACCAGGUGCUGAGCGUGGAACUGCUGAGCGUGCUCCACAGGCUGCUGGUGACCCGGGAGGCCAUGGCGGUGCAGCUGGCCGUCCUGGAGGUGGUCCGACAGGUGGUGAGCGCCGCCCAGGAGCAUGUCCGGGAGAAACGCCACAGCGCCGAAGUGGAUGACGGAGCGGAGGAAAAGGAGACUGUGCCUGAGUUCGGGGAGGGCCGGGAUACCGGCGGCCUGGUUCCGGGAAGGUCUCUGGUGUUCGGGGCCCUGGAGCUGUGCCUGUGUGUACUGGUGCGUAAACUUCCCCAGCUCAGCCCCAAGCUGGCCGGGAGCCCCGGCGGAGGCCAGAGGGGCUCGACCUGGAGUCUGAGUGACAGCGACUGCCGACUGGUGGCGUCUGCUCUGGCCAUCCUGUCCGACCUCCCGUCCAUCUGCUCUCCUGAAGGCAGUGUGUCCAUCCUGCCUACAGUACUGUACCUGUUGAUGGGUGUGCUGAAGGAGUUGGUGCAGCAGUUGUGUCAGGGAAGGGCUCUGGACCUGGUUGUCACGGCAGCCCUGCAGGCCCUGAGAAAUGUGCUGUCGUCCCCAAUGAGUCGCUCUGAGAAGAGCCGUGGGGCCUGGGCCCACCUCCUGCGCUGCGCCCUCAACACCCUGCUGGACUGCUGGGAUUCCGAUAAGGCCAGCCCUGUGGUGGAUGAGGUCAGUCUAUUGACUGCCCUCACUGUCUUCCUGCUCUCUGCCAGUCCUGAGGUCACCACAUUCCAGCCCCUGCAGGCACGCUGCAUAGACAAGUUUAAAGCCAGUCUGGAGACUAAGGACCCUGUGGUGCUCAGCAAGAGUUACCAGCUGCUGGUGUCAGUUUUCCAGAGCCAGACCGUGGUGGCGGUUCCCUUCAUCCAGGCCCUUGGGGGCUGUGUGGUGAGACACCUCCAAGGAGUGGAAAGGAGUGGGCCCCAGAGCUAUGAGGAGCUGCGGGCCAUCCAGGAUGGAGUCAAAGCCCUGGAGGCUCUUGUGUUUGCUGCAGACAAGACCCACUGUCCCCAGCUGGUGGCCGUUCUCCUUCCCAUCCUCAUCUCCUUCCUGCUGGAUGAGAACGCCCUGGCCUCCGCCUCCGCACCUGGCCGUGCCCUGCACGAGUCUGCCCUUCUGGACCUGAUGCGCAUUGGCCCCCAGCACUCGUCUGUGUUCAAGGCCCUCAUGGCCUCCUCACCCCACAUGAAGGCCCGGCUGGAGGCUGCGGUGAAGGGAAAUCAGGAAACUGUCAACAUCAAGGCCACACAGACCCCAGUACCCAGCAAGACAUCGCCCAGCAUUCAACUCAAGACCAAUUUCCUGUGAGGCAACUUCAACUGGAACGACUGCUUAGUUCUUGUGAGCAGACAGGAAACAGAAACACCUGGACGUUACAUUAUAGUCUAUAGCGUCACUUUAUACUCAAUUUAAGGUUGGAAUAGUCACUUGAGACAGGCACAUAUCAAGGACAGUGACGCUUUUUUUAUUGUUUUAGUUUGGUAGGAAGUCCGUUUUUCAUGUUUAAUUUCAUGGUACAAUAGUUGUUAAUUUUAACUGUUUAACCUCUAUGAGGGAAUGACGACAGAGAAAAGACCAUGUCAUCAUCAGAGACAGAUUCCUUACCAGGGAGUUCAUUAGUGCAAAGUUUUACUUAACAUUUUGUAACAGAAAACAUAUGCAGGUUUUCUUAUGGACAAAUUUCCCUAGGUCCUCCCUGUUUUUGCCCUUUGCUUCCUAGUGAAUAGCAUUAGCUUUUUAAUUGGUGAGGGAAAACAUUUGUUCAGUUCUACCCAUAGUUUUUUCAUUGAAGUCUAAACUUUGCUGGGCGUUCACAUGCUUGGAUGUCAACAGUAUUUGUUUCAUAAUUGAUUCCUUAUAAUUUGAAUGUCUGUCAACACAUUUAUGCAAACAGGCGGUUAGCAAUGCAAGCUGAAAAAGAUGCAGCAUGCAUAAGUACACCCAACAUACAUACAUUUAAUGUAAUUUAAGUGUUCAAAUAACAUGUAUAACAAUUUAGUUCUAAAUUGCUGUAGCAAUAAUAGCAACACAGAGAGAAAUGUUAACUGCCAUGUAUUAAAAUCAUUAAUAGUCCAGCUAUCUACAGAACAAUAAAAUCACUGCUCUGAUGUUCUUGAAAUGACAUUGCACUUAACAUACUGUUUAAUGUUAUGACUAUAUCCAGUCAGACAACAAUCCAAACAUUAUCAUUAUAGUCUUGGUACUGUAUUAUGGUAACUUAAAAAAACAUGAAAUAAAAUAGCUGCACAGGGCUCCAGUUAUUCAGCAGUCAGUAUCCAGCAUUACAUGUAUCAUAUACUUGCAUAAUCCUUUGUUAUUCAUCACCGUUCAUGUUAAACUUCUCUACAAAUGUAUUCUGAUCGACUGGGUGAACGAAUGUGUUACAACAAUGUCUAGUCUGUGGACACUGAUCAAAGAUGUUUUAUAAAAUUGAUGUUCAUUGAGGGUAUGUAAAUGAAUGUAAAUCAUAUAGCGGGGUUUCAUAAAGUUAACACUAAGAAUGAAAGUGUUUCUGCAAUAACAAAUAUAUCCGGUACAGAGGACGUUGUCCUGCUUAUUUUGGCUUAGGCUGUUAGACACUUUACCAUAACUGGGAGGAUACUGUAAAAUUCCAGCCUAUAUGUAAUGGAACCUGGCCAUUUAUUUUGUAAACUGUACAAAUGAAAAUAUUGGUUGCAAUUAACACAUUAUUUUCUAAUGGCUGUGGAUGAAUAAAGCCUGAAAUUCUUUGAAGAA